AUGUCUUGUCGACCUCAGCUAAUUGGCAGAUCACCUUUGGGACAAUUGAAGUCUGAAGGAUUAUUAACAUCAGGAUGUAAAUAUCAUUCAUGUCAAGGAAAGCUAACCAUUCCAAAUAUUUGUCAAGAUUUGAAAUUUUCAACUGAAGAUCUUAUGGAUGAAGGAGAAAUUGGUCGAGGAGCAUAUGGAUUUGUUAAUCGUAUGGUUCAUAGACCUACGAAAACAGCUAUGGCAGUUAAGAGAAUACGUUCAACGUUAAAUGAACGUGAACAAAGAAAUACAUUGAAAGAUUUAGAUGUUGUUAUGAAUUCAGCAAAUUGUCCAAAUAUUGUUCUAUUUUAUGGUGCAAUAUUUACAGAAGGUGAUUGUUGGAUAUGCAUGGAAAUGAUGUCUACAUCAUUAGAUAAAUUUUAUAAAUUUGUUUAUAAUUAUUUACAAUCACGAAUCCCUGAAAGUAUUAUUGGGAAAAUUACUACAGCUACUGUUUCAGCACUUGAUUACUUGAAAACUGCUCUUAAAGUCAUUCACCGAGAUGUAAAACCAUCAAAUAUUCUGAUCGAUUGUAACGGUAAUGUAAAAUUAUGUGACUUUGGUAUAUCUGGUCAGUUGGUUGAUAGUAUUGCUCGAUCACGUGAUGCUGGUUGUAAACCGUAUAUGGCGCCAGAACGUAUUCAUCCAGAGUUAAGCGCUAAUGGUUAUGAUAUACGUUCAGAUGUAUGGAGUUUAGGCAUUACUUUGAUUGAAUUAUCCACUGGACAAUUUCCUUAUCCAUCAUGGAAUUCCGUAUUUGAACAGCUCACUUGUGUAUUAGAUAAUGAUUCACCUAGUUUGCCGGAAUACUUACCAAAAUCUAUUCAAACUUCAUCAUCAACUACAACACUUGUCAAUAUUGAAUAUUCCAAUAAUUCAAAUGAAUCUUAUUCAUCAUCAUCAUCAUCAACAACAACAAAAACAACAGAUUUUUCAUCUGAAUUUCGUAAUUUUGUUUCACAGUGUUUAGAGAAAGAUGUGAGAUGUCGACCGAAAUAUCAAGCACUUAUGCAUCAUCCAUUCUAUUUACGUUCAUUAAGUGAAUUUAUUGACGUUGGAAAAUAUUUUCAAUCGAUAUUAAAUAAAGUUCCUCCCCAUAUGAAUAUGAAUGAAUUAAGUCAAACUCACAGUUGA